CAGAGCCAAGUCUUGAACUCAGAUAUGCUUCUGCCCCUCACAAAGCUUGAAUUUGUCUCACCUGCUAGCUUCCAGAAGCUGCAUGCUAGCUUUCCUGCAGCAAAUGUUCCAGUGGGUCCUGUCAGCUUUGACUCUGCACCCCCUGCCAAACAAACUGGGACCCUACUGGACCCUGACAAAGGAGGCAGGUCCCACAUGGCCCCCCAUAAUUCACCCUGAAUCACCCCUGAACCCUGACCCCCACCCCAUGUCUGUGUUUACUUAGCCCUCACUCACCUGGCGUCAGGACCAGUUCUGACAUUCGAGGGCCCAGGCCCUCUGCACUUAUUGUCAUGGUGAAGAGGGGGUCAGCCUAGCUACCAGUCCCCUCCAGCUGUCUCUUGGUCCCCGCAGCUGUCUCCAAACCAGUGCCGGAGUCUGAGCCUUUCAGACCUUUCCAAAUGAACAACCGCUCUGUGCUCAGCCCCACGAAGAGCAGUCAGUCUGGGAGAGAUGGAGCCAGAUGGGUGGGGUCAGGACUGUGCCAGAGAAGGGACAGGGCUUGGAGCAGGGGAGGGAGAUGCAGAGAGAGUGUGGACAUUGCUGGAGGAGCCAAGAAGGAUGAAAAGAGUCAGCAGACCUUUUUUUUUUAAAAUUUAUUUAUUUACAUAUAUUUUUUGGCUGCGUUGGGUCUUUGUUGCUGUGCGCGGGCUUUCUCUAGCUGUGGUGAGCAGGGGCUACUAUUUGUUGCGGUGCGCGGGCUGCUCGUUGCGGUGGCUUCUCUUGUUGCAGAGCAUGGGCUCUAGGCACGCGGGCUGCAGUAUUUGUGGCGCACGGGCUUAGUUGCUCCGCGGCAUGUGGGACCUUCCCCAACCAGGGCUGGGAACCCAUGUCCCCUGCAUUGACAGGCGGAUUCUUAACCACUGCGCCACCAGGGAAGCCCUGGGUCAGCAGAUCUUGAUGGCAAAUACCACACAGAGUGAUCUAUGCUGUGAUGGGAGGACUCCAGGCAGAGGACACCUACCCACCUGGGGGAUGGGAGAUGAGGUAUCAAAGAAAGACUGGUCAGCAGAGCCUUCUGUAGAAUCUACACCUACCUGGGAAACUGAGCGUGGCUGGGAAAAAAAAUCCCAAUUUUGCAACUGGGUCUCAACAGCCUUUUAUUAGCCAAUCACUAUACAAAAGCAUUUAACCAGUCCCUUGAAUGUCCCUGGUUCUCUGCAUCUCUGAUUUUUGCCCCUCCACUGCCCAGUCACCGCUGUGAGUGUCUCUCUGCAAGACUUAGACUGGGGGACAGAGUCGGGGAGGACUGUGUGAGCCACAACCUCAUCAGCUGGGCAUUUCCUGGUGCUGAAGGGGAAUGAGGGCCUCUGUCUCCCUUCUCUGCCCUAGAAUUCAUCAUGCAGGCUGCCCCCCCUCCUGGCACUUUGGGGUACAGCCCUGUGGCCCCACUGCCACAGCAGGCACCCUGUUUGCAGGAAGUGGGGCCUUCCGGGCAAGACUGAUGGGUGAGGUUUGGGUGAGGCACUGGGGGUGAAGAAGGGAGUGGGUUUGACAUCUUCUAACAGACAGCAUCUCACAUCUAGGUUAUAGCAUCUUCGGACUGCAAACCUCAGUCAGCUUGGUCCCCCCCACUCAGCAACAUCCUGUUGACUCUGUCACAAAAUUUCUUAAGUUGGGCCCCUCCUCUCUCUUUCUUGGUUCCCUGUCCUUUCUGGGACCUCGCCCCACCCUUCCCCAGAUUGCACCAACCUCCCCUGCACACACACACACACACACACACACACACACCUCCACCCUGUAUCAAAAUGAUGGUUUUUUUUAAUUAAGGAGUUUUUAAUACAGUUAAUGAGUUUUAACUGUAUUAAUGAUAAUCAAAAGAAAACAGUUUUUUAAAAUUCAAACAGCCCAUGGGAAUUCCCUGGCUGUCCAGUGGUUAGGACUCCGCGCUUUCACUGUGGUGGGCCCGGGUUCGAUCCCUGGUCGGGGCACUAAGACACAAGGAAUUUUUUUGGCCGCAAUGCACAAGCUGCAUGGUGCGGCCCAAAAAAAAAUUCAAACAGCCCAAGAGUGUGAAAAAUCUGUCUUCCCCUCACUCGAAAAUUCCUGUCCCCCGCAAUUUGUUAAUGUCCAUCUCCUUCCAGUGGUAUUCUUAGCGUAUAAAAGCAGAUAGGUACAUCUUAUGUAUAUAUAGACGGAAAUACACCGUACGUAAAGCCUAAACUUGCCUAGAACUCAAGAAAUACUUCCUGAAUGGUUAAAUAAUGUAUUAUAGAGAUCUGAGAUCAAAGAUCCACUUUACCGUCCCCACAAUGACCCAUCCUCCGAACGACAACCGGCGAUCAGAUGGUGUACCUCCCCCUGCUAAAGAUUCAAGGUUAGAAUAGAGAUCACAUGCCUCUCUUUCCAUGGUUCACAAGGUCCCUGCAUGACCUUUCUUGCACCAUGUCCACUUUCUGACCUCCACUCCCUGCCUCCACUCUGCUCCAGCAGUAAGCUGAUCACCUCAUUGUUUCUUGAAAAAGACAAGCUUGUCCCUCCCCAACUCAGGCCACUUGCACCAGCUAUCCAUUCUUCCCAGAGUGCUGUGGCCUCCUGACCUUCCAUUGGCUCACUCCUUCCUGACCAUCAGGUGACAGCUCAGAAGUCACCUCACAGGGUUUCCCUGGUGGCGCAGUGGUUGGGAGUCCGCCUGCCGAUGCAGGGGACGCGGGUUCGUGCCGCGGUCCGGGAGGAUCCCACAUGCUGUGGAGUGGUUGGGCCCGUGAGCCAUGGCCGCUGAGCCUGCGUGUCCGGAGCCUGUGCUCCGUAACGGGAGAGGCCACAACGGUGAGAGGCCCGCGUAUCGCAAAAAAAAAAAGAAGUCACCUCACAGAGAAACUUUCCUGACCCAUCACCAUCACAUCCUUCUGGGGUUUUGUUUUGUUUUGCUUUUCCUUUGUAGCACUUAAUAUAACGUAAGAUCGUUUGCUGCAUGUGUUGAUUCAUUGUUUCUUUCCCCAUUUUAAACCGUGAGCGGACUCUGGGAGUGGGGAUGUUGGUCUGUCCUGUUCAUCUCUGGGUCCCCAGCGCCUAGCACAGAGUAGGCACUCAAGAAACGUAGGUUGACGCGCAGCAACGAAGACCCAACACAGCCAAAAAUAAAUAAAAACAAAAAAACAACAAAAAACAGUACUGUUAAAUUCUAGAGUGACUUUCUGAGAUGUAGUGACACUUAGUGAGGCUGUAUUAAAAAAAAAAAAAAGAAAGAAACGUAGGUUGGAUAGGUGACUCAUUCCACGCCGGUAUACCCAAGGCUCUCCAUCCAUCCUCCUGAAAGCACGCACCUCUCCAUCCUUAGGCUACACCCGUUCCGGGUGUCCCGAGGACGGACAGUUGGCUUGCUUCCCGCCCUUGGCUAUCUCAGCAGACCCGUUCCAACGUCAGAACUAAGUGCAUUGAAUAUUUUGACGGCCACUGCCAAUUUCCUUCCAAAGAGGAGGCUCUCUAAACACGACCUCUUCAAAAAAGAGAACCGCUGUUUAUCCCCUUUCGAGGUAUGGUGACGGGACUGGAGAGGAUGAAGAUGCUCAUUUUGCAGAGAAGAACACAGAGGCCUGGGGAGAUUUUAAUCCUAGAUCUCUGCCUGCAGAUUCUUUGCACCCUACGACUGCCCUCGGCUUGCAAAUCCACCACGGCGCACGCUCCGCCAUCCAGGACAAUCCCGGAUCUCAGGCCCCGCCUCCUCGCGGAGCACUGUGCACAGGCCCCCCUCCUCCGUUCUCGCGAGACCUGGGAGGCGAAAAAUGGCGCCGACGUGAGCGCGAGCUUGCGGCCACCGAAGGAGUCACCGCAGCCUUAGCUGGAGCCGCCGGAGCCGCGGGAACAAGAAGCCGAACCAGGCCGAGGAUGGAGGAGGAAACCUCGGGUCCCAGCCCGGACAGGCCGGGCACUGCAGAGCCCAGCUCCAGUGAGACCGACAAGGAGGUGUCCCCAGUUGUGGCUGCUGUAGCCACUUCCUCUUCCAUGGGGGAGGAGCCAGGCUCUGACCAGGCAGCCACACCCCCAGUGUGGGAACGUGGAGGGCUUGGAGGGACCCAGCAGGGUGCCUCCCCAGCCCCAGACAGUGGCCAUGCUGGCCCUGGACCCGGCCUUGGCCUGACCAGCACUGUCUCCGGAACCAGUGAGGACCUGCGGCCUCCCAGACGACGCCCACCACCAGGGAAGCAGAUACCCUGCUCCAGCCCUGGCUGCUGCCUCAGUUUCCCCAGCGUUCGAGACCUGGCACAGCAUCUGCGUACCCACUGCCCACCCACACAGUCCCUGGAAGGCAAGCUCUUCCGCUGUUCCGCCCUGAGCUGCACCGAGACUUUCCCCAACAUGCAGGAACUGGUGGCACACGGCAAGCUGCACUACAAACCCAAUCGCUACUUCAAGUGUGAGAACUGCCUCCUGCGCUUCCGCACGCACCGCUCCCUCUUCAAGCACCUGCAUGUUUGCGCCGAGCAUGCGCAGAGCCCAGCCCCACCGCCACCCCCCGCCCUCGACAAGGAGCCACCAGCGCCCGAGCGCCCCCCGGAGUCCGACCCUGCGUUGGCGCCUGGGCUACAGUUCCCGCUGCUCGAGCCGUUCACGACCUCUGCCCCUGCCCCCACCGGGCCCUUCCUGCCGUACUUGAACCCCGCGCCUUUUGGCCUAAGCCCACCACGCCCGCGCCCCUUUCUGGCCGCCGCUCCCGGGCCGCCCGCCUCCAGCGCCGCAGUCUGGAAAAAGAGCCAAGGUGCCGGCGGCAGCCCGCGAAGACCCCAGGGCGGCUCCGAUACGCCCUCAGGGCACGCGGCCCCGAGCCGCAUCGUGUGGGAGCACACGCGCGGCCGCUACUCGUGCAUGCAGUGCGCCUUCUCCACGGCCUCGCGGCCCGCCAUGACCCUACACCUGGAGGACCACCGCCCCAUCGCCCCUGCGGCCCCGGCGCCCGGGCAGCCGCGCCCCGACGCGCCGGCGGGCAGUGCCACUUCGCAGUCUGUCAGGACCUUCCCAGAGAGACCCAGGUAUCUUGGUCCAGGUAGGUGCCGCCCCCCCCCAACCGCGUCACCCACAAAGAUGCAACAGCCCCUCCCAUGGGUACAGUGGGUCCACAGUCCCCCCUGGGCCCCUCGCUGCCCUCUGGAGCAAGCUGAAAUUGCCCUGAGGCCUAGGGAGUUGGCUCACUCUGAAAACUGACCCCUAUCUUCACCCCCUUCCAACUCCCAUCCAACCUUUGUCUGCUCGCCUGGGAAGUCUUACUGUUCCCACUGUCCCCUCUGGGCUCCUGCAGCCCCUGACCUCCCUCUGGCCAACCAAGCUGGGAGCCCCACAGAGGGUCCCUCCACCGCACCCCAACUCC